AUGUUCCGCCAGUCGUGCGAUCCGCUUGGCAGCACCAACGACCCGCUAAUGCGAGCAGCAGUGGCGACGUUACGGGCCGACCAGAUCGCUCUCGGAGUGGCUAUGACUAACCCAAGAACCACCUUGAAAGCGCGCCAGCAUUCGGACUUUCUUCAGCAACAAAUGAAAUUGGCAGAGUUGAGCCCAAUCGGAAGUGGAACAAAGUUGCCACCAAUGCCGCAGCUAUCGUACGCGGCUUCGACGACGUCAAUGGAUCCUCAAUUCCUUCAAAACCUUCUGGUACAACAGCUCAUGCAUAUUGCAUCUACUCCACAGUUAACACAAUAA